AUGUCGGACCCCGCCAAGGCCAUCGAGGCCCUCAAGGAGUCGCGACCUCCCGCGACCGACCGUUUCACCUACCUCACCAUCAUCGAGCAGUUCCUCUCUCCCGAGAUCCUGCCCGCGCUCAACGAGAUCCUCCAGGAUGCGCAGCUCACCCAGGACAUCGGCUGGGACCUGGUCGACAUGCUGGUGUCGCUUCCCGGCUGCGAACCCUGCCUCGAGACGAUUGCGCGCCUCGGCAACCCGCGCGAGGUCAUAUUGAAGGUCCUAGAGGUGCUGGAGGGUCUGCAAGAGAGCUACGAGGCCGAGGAGGCGAGCCCGGCGGCAGUCCAGAGCUUCAUCACGCUGCUAGGAAUGUUGGCCAUCCUGCACAAGCGCAUCAAGACCAAGUACCCUUCCAGAUUCCUCGCCUCGACCCUCUCCACCGUCUACAGGACGUAUCUGCCCAACCAGGAGAUGACGGCCUCCGUGAUCAACCUCGUCCGCUCUCUGUCGGCAAAGAAGCGACCACUCCUCCCGUCUCGGAAGUCAAGCGUCAAUGUCGCGAACCCAGACGAGGAGGGAGAUGCGACCAAGAACGCACCUGACCCGGAAGCGGAGACGGAAGAUCCGAUAGAAGGGGCGAUACAGCAGAAGCUGCUGUUGUCCUUUGUAACAUGCAUCGUUGAGAGCUACGUCAAUGGUCACAGCAUGGAGUGGUCGUCUCGACUGUUGGAGUUCUAUGCGCCCGAGAGAGUGGUGCCGGGCAGGAAGUCACUCCUCGACCGGUUCAAGGAAGAGGAAGACUUGCUGUCUAGGGAUACCAUGGUCGGUAAACUCGAGGCACUGGCACGGGAUCUUGGCUUCUCCAGCGCCUCCAAGACCCUUGGUAGCGGGCUAUACGAUGGCCCUAUUCAUAGAGACCCUCUGUCAGAGGCCGAGAGCCCAUCCAAGCCAGAUGACGUGCCGCUCAGCACCGGUGGUUCUAUCUGCAUUGUUGCCUAUUGGCUCUUCUCCGCUACGGUUUUUGGUGCCAACUCCCCAAAGCCAGACAUGCACAUCUUCCCCGACCACUUCCGUAUAAUGCAACAGUUCAUGGAGGAUGAUGCGCAUGCGCAAAUCAUGAGCACACCGGGCACCAUCGAGGCCAUAAUCUCGAUAGGGUUAUGGUUGCAGCAGAACGGUCUUGUCACCACGGGCGAGGAUGAGGCCAACUUCAUGCCGUACCAUCACCUUUUGACGCUCUGUGGUGUCUAUCACCCGUCGAUUCAAGCCAGGAAUGCAGCAAUCACGCUGGCAGGACGAGUAUUGCACGACAACCCCGACGAGGAUGACCGCGUCAAGAUCCUGGAGGACUUGCUCGAGAACUGCAUGUUUGCGUCUCUCAAGGCGUGUGCCGUGACCUGGUUGCGGGAAGAGAUCAUUGCGGCGCGGGAGAAGCAGCUCACCAGCCAGUUCUCUGGCCCAGAUGCCGUUGACCAGCUGCAAUACGUGAUCUUCCCGGAUAUGGAGUUCUUGAGAGAUCUGGAUCAACAGGGCUUUGUCGAGUAUUGGGCGCAGAACUCUCCCUUCCUCCUCCAGGCGGCCAACUUUGCCUACCUGCUUCUCAACUCCAAGGACUACAGUUCGGUAGUACCGGCAGGAAUGGGAGCUGCCGUUGGACAGCGAUACGUCGAGCCCCUGCUGCAGGCGACGGUGGGACUAGAGUCGGCCAUCUCGAAGGGCGAGGAGGUCAGCGAAGGCGCCGAGCACAUUGCAUUGGACACGAGCAUUCUGAUCGACCGGUUGAAGAGACUAGAUCUGCAAUGA